GACCGAGCAUCGGGAAAACCUGCAGUAAACUACAGUGACACAAAUGUAAUCAUAGGCUUCAAAUCAGCUUUGUAGUUUUGGGGCGAUAUGACAAACACUACUAAUCCCAAGAUUCUCAGUGCAGCGCCGUGAUUUCCGGGUUCUGUGUUGCUAGGGGGAAGGUGGCGCAGAGGACCUGUUGGAAAUGACGGUAGAAGAAGUCGGAUUUCAAUAUAAAGUCCAAAACAGUAAACCUGGAAGAUAGCAAAGAAACUUCACCAGACCUGCGUGCUAAGGGGUGUGACUCACCAUGGAGUCCCUGAUGAGUGCGGUGGCCCCCCGGACCCCGGCCCUGUUGAAGAAGGCCUCUGAGGUGGACUUCCGGUCGGGGGCCACGCUGGAGCAGCUGUCGGCCCAGGUGUCUGAGCUGGUCACCCUGGAGCAGGGGGACUUCGGGGACCAGCUCGCCCUCGAGGUCCACACGGCCAAAGACUUCAUCUUCAACAUGCUGGGCCUUGUACAGAAGGUGGACCAGCGUCUCCCGGUGGCCAAUGAGUACCUGCUCCUGUCUGGGGGUGCCAGGGAGGGGGUUCUGGACCUCAACCCAGAGGAGCUGGGGGACUACGCUAAGGGGGCCGAUUUCGACCUGGACUUCACCCUCUUGGUGCCCGCCCUCAAGCUCCAUGAUCGCAACCAGCCGGUCACCCUGGACAUGCGCCAGUCGCCCCCCUGCCACUCCUGGCUCUCCCUGCGGCUCUGCGACCCCAACACCCAGGCAAGAUGGAGGAUCUGCUGCCAGGAGGAGACAGACUCACCCCCCGACGACGAUGAUGAUGAUGAGGAAGAGAAAAGGGAAAUGGGUCACAAAGCCUCUGGUGCCGUCCCCCCCUCACUCUACUCGCCCCACCAGUCUCUGGAUGGCUGCUACAUGUCCCCGGCGCUGGUGGCUGACUGGUUCUGGGGAGUGGUGGGUGAGGCGGUGGAUGAGCUGAGGCGUUCCCCCAAGAGAGGCAUCCCCGUCCCAGAGAGGCUGGAACGCAACGGGCCCCUGACCACCCUCAUCCUCCAGGCGGGCUCCAGCCGGGUGCUCUAUGACCUGCUGCCAGUGGUGUCCUUCCGGGGCUGGCCCGCCGUGGCCCAGGGCUGGCUGACGGCCAACCACUUCUGGGACGGGAAGAUCACAGAGGAGGAGGCCAUCUCUGGGUUCUACCUGCUGCCCUGCCCGGCUCCGCUGGGGGGGAGGCCCGACCGGGAGUGGAGGCUGGCCUUCUCACGCAGCGAGGUGCAGCUGAAGAAGUGCAUCCCGUACCCCAUGGCCCAGGCCUUCCAGGCUGCCAAGGCUGUCCUCUCCCGCCUCCUGGCUCGCCCCCGCACUGGCCUCAGCCCCUACCACCUCCGCACCCUCCUCUUCUGGGCCUGUGACCGCCUACCGCCCGCCUACCUCUCCUCGCCUGACCCAGAAACCCCUGCCCGCCUCCUCCUGGGCCUCCUGGAUGAUCUGGCCCACUGCAUCCUGGGUAAGAACUGUCCCAACUACUUUCUGCCCCAGUGCAACAUGCUGGAACACCUGUCGGACAGCCAAGCCCUGCUGGUGGCCCGGAAGCUGGCCCAUGUCCGAUCUGACCCGACCGAGCACCUACGUGCGGCCCUGGACCAGGCCAGACAGGCGAGCCAGCUGAAGAGGGAAGCGGCGAGCGCUACCAACGGGCACGGAGGGUCGCCCAGGCAAGGUUACCCAGCCAGCGGCAUCAUCUCGCCCUCGGACGACAAACUGGCUGCCAGGCUGCAGCAGCUGGUGACCGAGAACCCCGGGAAGUCGAUUUCUGUUUUUCUCAACCCCGAUGAUGUCACAAGGCCGCACUUCCGCAUCGAUGACAAGUUCUACUGACCUGAGAGUAAUGGUGUGCUAUCAACACACACUCUCUUCAAAACACAUGUAAAACGGCGAGUCAACUAGGAAGGCUCGAGAGUCAAAACACUACAGAGCCUCACUGCUCUCCUAUCCCACCCCCUCCUGGAGGCUAACGACAAUGAUGCUAACGACGCUGCUGAACUAUGACACUACCAAAAACACCUUUGCACUCUCCCAGGAGCAGGAGGCUGACCCUAGAGAGCCCUAGGCUAGAGAAACCAACACUCUUCUAUCCAUUUAGCAGUGAGUGAUGUCAUAAAGAGACCUCACCACAGGAAAAAUGCUCGUUGAGUUACCACGGCGACUGAUGCUCUUUUAUGAGCUUGCUGUAAGGAGAUGUUUUUUUUUUUUUUUUUA